CUGGAGCGGCGGUGGCGGCGCCAUGUCGGAGAAGGGCAAGCGCGGGGCCCCACGUGACCCGCCCCGCCCCGCCCGGCCUUAAAGCGGCGCGGGCUGGGGCCGCUCGCGAUGCGCAGCGCCUGGCACCGCCGGCAGAGAGCUCACCAUGGUCAAUGAGACCCAGCAUACCUGCAGUGCCAGUUCCAGCUCCAAGUCUGAUGGUGGCAGCAGUAGUGGGAGCGAAAGCUCCAAGGACAGCUCACGCUGUUCCACCCCUGUCCUCGACGCUGACCGUCAUGAGCGACUGCGGGAGAAGAUGCGCCGACGGCAGGACUCUGGAGACAAGUGGUUCUCCUUGGAGUUCUUCCCUCCACGCACAGCCAAUGCUGCUGUCAAUCUCAUCUCCAGGUUUGACCGCAUGGGAGCGGGUGGUCCACUCUUCAUUGAUGUGACGUGGCACCCUGCAGGGGACCCAGGAUCUGACAAGGAAACCUCUUCCAUGAUUAUUGCCAAUACUGCAGUCAACUACUGUGGCCUGGAGACCAUCCUGCACAUGACAUGCUGCAAUCAGACCAAGGAUGACAUCACAGGGCAUCUGCAGAAGGCCAAACGUCUGGGGUUGAAGAACAUCAUGGCAUUGCGUGGAGAUCCUGCUGGUGAGGAGUGGGAGGAAGAAGUAGAUGGCUUCAACUAUGCUGUUGACCUGGUUAAGCACAUUCGCAAUGAAUUUGAUGAUUACUUUGACAUCUGUGUGGCAGGCUACCCCAAGGGUCAUCCUGAGGCAGAGAGCUAUGAGGCAGACCUGAGGCACCUGAAGGAGAAAGUCUUUGCUGGGGCAGACUUCAUCAUUACGCAGCUUUUCUUCCGAUCAGAAACCUUUCUCAAGUUCAUGAAGGACUGUCAAGCCAUUGGCAUCACCUGCCCCAUUAUUCCUGGCAUCUUCCCCAUACAGGGUUACCACUCCCUGCGCCAGCUGGUGAAGCUCUCCAAGCUGGAAGUGCCUCAAGAAAUCAAAGAUGUGAUUGAACCUAUCAAGGACAAUGAUGCAGCCAUCCGGAACUAUGGGGUGGAGCUGGCAGUGUCUAUGUGCCGGGAACUGUUGGAUAGUGGCAUGGUGCAUGGGCUCCAUUUUUAUACCCUCAAUCGGGAAGUAGCUACUACUGAAGUCCUUAAGCGCCUGGGCAUCUGGAAGGAGGACCCAAGGCGGCCUCUGCCCUGGGCAGUCAGCGCUCACCCCAAGAGAAGAGUUGAAGAUGUUCGGCCAAUCUUCUGGGCCUCUAGGCCAAAGAGUUACAUCUAUCGAACUCAAGAAUGGGACGAUUUCCCCAAUGGCCGAUGGGGUAACUCCUCCUCUCCAGCCUUUGGGGAACUGAAGGACUAUUAUCUCUUCUAUCUGAAGAGCAAGUCUCCCCGGGAGGAGCUCCUGAAGAUGUGGGGAGAAGAGCUGACUGGUGAGGAAAGCGUCUUUGAGGUGUUCACAUGUUACAUCACCGGAGAACCCAACAAGAACGGGCACAAGGUUACGUGUAUGCCUUGGAAUGACGACCCUCUUGCUACCGAAACCAACCUUCUGAAGGAACAGCUGGAGAAGGUUAACAGACGAGGAAUCCUCACCAUCAACUCCCAGCCAAACAUCAAUGGCAAACCAUCCACAGACCCCAUUGUAGGCUGGGGGCCCAGUGGGGGUUACGUCUUCCAAAAGGCAUACCUAGAGUUCUUCACCUCCAGCGAGAUCGUCACAGCACUGCUCAAAGUGCUGAAGAAGUACGAGCUGCGAGUGAACUACCACAUUGUGAAUGUCAAGGGCCAGAAUAUCACCAAUGCUCCAGAUCUGCAACCCAAUGCUGUCACCUGGGGCAUCUUCCCAGGCAGAGAGAUCAUCCAGCCCACUGUAGUGGAUCCUGUAAGCUUCCUCUCCUGGAAGGAUGAGGCCUUUGCACUGUGGAUUGAGCAAUGGGCUAAACUCUAUGAAGAGGAGUCACCCUCUCGCAUGAUCAUCCAGUACAUCCAUGACAAUUACUACUUGGUCAACCUGGUGGACAAUGACUUCCCACUCGAAAACUGUCUCUGGCAGGUUGUAGAUGAUACUUUUGAGCUGUUGAACUCCCCAACUCUGCAGUGAAAAUUCCUCUUCUAAUCCCUUACUUCCCCGUUCCGUCCAUUGACUGCGGAGAGAGAAAAAGCAGCUCCUGUGCCAAUGGAGGACCACACACUCCUGCACCCAGUGCCCAGGCUAGCGCUCUGAUCUACCCACACUACAUGCUCUUCUGCCCAACAGAAAGGCUCCCUGACCUCUUCUCACUGAACAAUAGCCAGAACUACCUGAACCUCUGAGCUGAGGCUCCAGACUGAGCUUAAAGGCCAGCUCUGCAGGAUGAAGAGGUGCUAAUCAUGACUAUGUUGAUUACACUAACAGGCGAACUCUUACGCAUCAAUGUGAUAAAACUCAGUGGUAUUGGUAACUUUCUUAUGCCAGAAAUGCUGCCUUGGGGGCAGAAACACUCCUGUCAACAGUGCCUAUGCUAGGAGACUAUUUCAGCAGUUACCAACCCUCAAAAGAAGAUCAAGUUGCUUUUAUAUUGCACUCCUAAGAUGUAUUUUGUCAUAACUGACCAUAUCAGGCUCUUUUGCACUCUCUCCAGAAGAAGGUUCAAGUUUUCUCCCUUUAUUAUAUUUCCUCUUUUCUUUUUAGUAGGAAUCACACUAUUUCUUAGACUAAGUACAAUAAAAUACCCAAAUACAAAUGUCUCUUGUACUAAGCCCUACUCUUGUAAGUAGCAAAGACUCAUGUUAUUUGCAAACUACUCAGCCUGGGACAAGGGAAAGUUUUAAGAAAAGCAAUUAUUCAUGGGGCAAUUCUGCCUUCACUUUCAACACAUGCCCUAAGUAUAGACAAAGCUCCACAAUAGAACAAAGAAAGCUUAAAUCCUAGAAUUUACCAAAAGCAACCAGCUACAACCUUUAGUUUAAUUCUGCAAGGUUACAGGAGUUGUGGUGGUCCUUUUCCAGUGGAAAGAUAGCCUGUCUUUCCUGACCUGAUGACUUACCAGCCUUAGGCCCCACAGCACUGAAAUAAGGGCUUGGGGGAGCUAUGCAGGCUGCUUUGUGUACUUAACAAUCCCGAAAAGCUACCACAGGCUAGGAAAACAAGACCUUGGGGCAGUUCCCAGUGGGAUUUUGAGAUCCCUGCCAUGCUGUGAGCAUCUCUUUCAAACAAGCAAGGAAGAAAAGCCUCUUCCAGAUUCUUCAGACCCUCUCAUUACAGCUGUCUGAGACUGGGCUCAUAUAUCCAGGGUAAUUACAGGGCAUCAAUCACAGAAGCAAGUAAUGGGAAGGUUGGGGGUCAGACACGCCUGUCUUGCCUCAGCAAAGCUUUUGGUGCUCAGCUGUUCCCAGCAGGUUUCUUCAUCCCUAGCCCAUUCAGCACAGAAAGGAACCAGCAGGAAGCAGUCAAGAGGUUGGCCACCCACUGAAAGGCUUAAUGAAGAGCUGAUGGACCUAGACAGGGGGAGGAGGUGUGAUCCAUGUGGG